CAGACGGCAUCCAACUAUCGUACAUCGACCUCGUUCACGACCAUGCCCCCGGUGCUGACCGAAAGCCAGAAAGGUUCGGUGGAGGACAUCCAGAUCUCGCUAGCACCGUACAUCCAGUCCUAUCUGAGCCAAACCGGCCGGCGCCAUUCGUGCUGCAGCGUGAUGUUGCCGGUUGCGUUCGAACGGGCUGCACCGCGGUCUUGGUUCGAUCCCCGUUUCGAUUCACCCGUGCUGGAGGGCCAAUACCAGGCGAGCGUAUUUCCGCAGCUGCGCCUUAAGUUUCGCUUCGCACUAUUCUACAUCCUGCUCUGCUCGCUCGUGUGGCUGCUGUACUUCCUGUUUGACGGUGGCCCGACCAGCUUCACGCUGCUGACCGUAUCGAUCGGAUUAAUCUUUCUGUUCGCGCUCGCCGGUCUGUGGGUGACGCGCACCGACAUCUACCGUGCGCACACGAACCUGAUAUCGUCCUUCUGCGCCAUCCUGCUCUGCAUGUUUUCGCUCUUUCUGCUGCUGCUGACGCGUGAAGCGCUCAGCCCGCUCGGCCACUUUUCCAUCUGCAUCGAGAUCGUAAUGCUCAUCUACACGAUCAUACCGCUACCGUUGUGGCUCUGCUGCACCAUCACCAUGGCGUACUCCGUUUGCUUCGAGGUGCUCUCGUUUCUUCACCAGACGCACUACGACUACAACUCGCGGCCGGGUGGCCAACCGACCGCGUCACCGCUCGUUACUGGCAGCGUCACGCACACCGUCGCACGGUUGCUCGCCGAGGACGGUGCGAUCGGUACGGACUACCAACAUUCCGGCGACUCGUUCGUGUACAAGAUCGUGCUGAUACGGGUGCUGAUACAGCUGUGCGUACAUCUGAUCGGCAUCCAGAUACUGAUCAUGACGGUGGUGCGUAUGCGCGGCACGUUUAUGAAGGUCGGCCAGAACCUGCUCGUACGGCGACAGCUCGAGAUGGAGAAGCAGCUCAAGGAGAAGAUGAUCCACUCGAUGAUGCCACCGAAGGUGGCGGAUCUGCUGCUAAAGGAGAGUGGCAGUGUGCCGAAAGGCACCAGCUUCGACCAGUACCCCACCUCUGCCCAAGCAGCACCACGGCGCACCACACCGUCCGAUCUAAAGUCGCUGUUCCGUCCGUUCCACAUGAACCGGAUGGAAAACGUAAGCAUACUGUUUGCGGAUAUAGUCGGCUUUACGCGCAUGUCAUCGACAAAGACGGCCGAACAGCUGGUGGAGAUACUGAACGAUCUGUUCGAACGCUUCGACGACCUCUGUCUGGUGAAUGGAUGCGAGAAGAUAUCGACGCUGGGUGAUUGCUAUUACUGUGUGUCCGGUUGUCCGGAACCGCGCCCGGAUCAUGCAAUCUGCUGCGUCGAGAUGGGGCUCGGCAUGAUCGAAUCGAUCCGGGUGUUUGAUGCGCAACGGAACGAGGGCAUCAAGAUGCGUGUCGGUGUCCAUACCGGUACGGUGCUUUGCGGCAUUGUUGGUACGAAACGGGUCAAGUUCGAUGUGUGGAGCAACGAUGUUACGCUUGCUAAUCGCAUGGAGUCCAGUGGAAAACCCGACCAGGUGCACGUAUCGGAGGAAACUUGCGGCUUCCUGGGCGAUUCCUAUAUCAUAGAGGAAGGCGAAGAAGUCGAUGGGCACCGUACGUAUUUCGUGCUGGGCAAAAAGCUGGAUCUGGUCGGUUCGAUUACCGAGGGCCUCUCCAGCAUUGGUCUUCCGGUCGACCUUAAUCUUUUGGGCGCAUCGGCCUCACCGCUGGACGAACUACCGUACGCGACGAGCGAAGAAAACCCGGAAAGUUCCUGCCUGUCGCGCAGUGCCACCAAUCUAUCCGGCAUUCACCCCGCGGUACCACCGGCAUCUCCUGCCGGGCCCGUCUUUUUCUCCUCCCUGCACGCAUCACCGGUUUCGACACCGCGGCCCCGCAUUGCAUCGCUAACGAAGAUGACCAAGUUCCUCCGUUCGGCCGUGAAGGGUGAUACCGGCCGUUUGUUAAACCCGCACCGUACGGCCGGUGGUACGAGCGCACCCGUGGAGAAGCCAAAAAUUAUCAUCAGCACAAAAUCGAUCUCAAACGGUUUCGAGUCCGACGACGAGAUGGCGGAAAUGGUGGCGGCUGGUGGUGGUGGUGAUGGUGGGACGAGUAAAUGUUUGACCCGGUCACCGGUCGGUACGCGGCCACAGGAUGUGACGACAGUAGCGAUGCUCAACGAACGUACGCGAAAGCAGCCGACGGACGGUGGCGAUACUGGUGGCCAACAGGCGCAACGGAAGGCCGGCAAGGUGCUCAAGCGCCAGGACACGUACAGUGCUCCGGAUGGGGAGUGCAGCAGAAUCUGUGAUAGUAGUAAAAGCUGUGACGAAGAUGUGCCAUGUAUUGAGAGAAGUAGCAGCAGCAGCAAUGCGCGUACCGUUCCGAUCGGUACCGGUGCCGGUGGAAGCGGCAGCAGUAGCAAUAGCAAUAGCAAUAGCAAUAAUCAGAACAUCACCAACGGGUGCUACCAGCAUGUGCCGAUCGUGAUCGUUACACCGCGUCCGAGCUGCCACACGCUGGACGUCACGAACGGGGGUAGUAUUGUCAGCAGCAAUGCACACACCAACACGACCGGCACCAAUACGGUCACCACCGCCGUCGCAACGUGCAGUACGAUGGGGCGUGGUCGUGAAUGUGGCAGGAUGGUUGGUUCCGGUGGUGAAAAUACGCACACCAGCCAAAGUUCCGUGUUCGACGAGAUAAUAGACGUGCGCUCGUAUAUCUCGCAAUCGCGUAGUGACAUUUCGCCGUUUGCCCGCACCGGUAGCUACCGAUCACAGGCGGACCGGUCAUCGAUCAUUCACGAAAUCGCACUAUCUGCCGGUGCGGCCGGCGGCAGUAACAGUGGUACGUUCGGUCGGCCCCGUAGCUCCACCAUCACCACCACACACCACGCAUGUAACGAAGCGCAUCAACACGUACGUCACGGAUCGGUUGUCGUGUGUCCGAGCUCCCGUUUGCUCGGUGCCGACGGUGCAAGCCUAUCACCUUCCGCAACAUCGCGCAAAGAUUCGGGCAUAAGAUCAAACAGCCGUCGGUCGAGCAUCCAGCAUCAGAUAAUGCUGAUGAGUCAAACGGUCGCGCUGUCGGUGCAUCGCGUGUCCGGCUAUUUUACCAGCUCGCAGUCCAGCCUAUCCGGUGCGAUCGUAACGUCCGCGGCUGGUGGUGACCAUCAUCAUCAGCCGACACAGAAACCGAACGGUAGCAUGCGGCUCGGGCCGGGCACCGGUUCCAAGUGUUGCGUCGGCAUUAAGGAACCGCAUCCAGAUCCGCUAGCCGCCUGUCUGCAGCAGCUGCGCAAACAGUCCGACCUGCAGCUGAUACGGUGCGUGCGGGAUAAUGCACGAUCGCAGCGCAGCUAUCUGGUAAAGCCACCGCUGUUGCCGGUAUCGCUACGCUUCAAAUCGCGCCCGAUGGAGCAAGAGUUUCGCUCGAAGGCACACCGGUUCGGGAGUGAAAGUGGCGAACUCGAGGGCGGUGGUCCACCAACGCUAGCGACGCCAAAGUACAACACCUACAUCGACAUGCUCGUAUCGUUCGUCGUGUAUCUUGCGACCUCGACCUCACUGUUUCUACUCUCACCCUCGGUCUAUCUCGAAUCGUACAAGGUGUGGGUGUGUAUCUUCGUGUUCUUUAGCACGGUACAGCUUUUUGCGCUGUUUAUCUGCACCAAGCAGGUGUGUCGGAGGACGCGCAAACCUACCGUACGCCGGUCACGUCCAAUGGCUAGCCGCAGCUGUUACGACUGUCUGCUGCAGCUCGCAUCCAACUGGUACCCGUGGCAUAUCUGUGGCGGCAUCCUAAUGUCGCUGCCCGUCAUCUCGAUUCUGUCCAACUUUGCCAUGAUGGACGUGACGAAGUUUCGAGUGUUUGAGUUCCAUUACGGUUUCCUGAUGUACAUCUGCAUCGUGCACUUUUGCAACUUUACGCAGCUAAACUGGUGGAUGCGCAACGCGAUGGCAUGCCUAACGUCGGCCGCAUUCGUCGGCAUUGCGGUCGGGCAUAUGGUGGAACUGCAGGCACUCGAAGUUGCUGCGGGCGUUACAGCGAACGGCACGGUCCUGACUGCCGGUGGUGACACCGAUGAAAUGCUGCACCGUGCCCAGUUCGAUUGGUUCAACAAUUACCGGGUGGAGAUAUACGUCGAUCUGCUACUGCUUCUCGUGUUGGUUUGGUUUUUAAAUCGCGAGUUUGAGAUCGGCUAUCGGUUAAGCUUUCAUGGCAGUGCCGUUGCAAACCAGGACAAGAUACGGGUGCAGAAUAUGAAAAACCAAGCAGACAUGCUGCUGCACAACAUCAUUCCGAAGCAUGUGGCGGAGCAGCUGAAAAAUACUGCCAAAUAUUCGGAAAACCAUCACAACAUCGGCAUCAUCUUUGCGAGCAUUGUCAACUUUAACGAAAUGUACGACGAAUCGUACCUCGGCGGGAAGGAGUAUCUUCGCGUGCUGAACGAACUGAUCGGUGACUUUGACGAGCUGCUGGCCCGGCCCGAGUUUCGGUGCGUGGAAAAGAUCAAAACGAUCGGCAGCACGUUUAUGGCCGCGUCCGGGCUCGAUCCGGGCAGUCGGGGCGAAAACUACGAGCAUCUGUACACGCUGCUCGACUUUGCCCUCGCGAUGCAGCAGGUGGUGGAAUCAUUCAAUCGCGAUCUGCUGGAGUUUAAUCUGAUCAUGCGGGUCGGGUACAACUUUGGCGACGUAACGGCCGGUGUGAUCGGUACGAGCAAGCUGUACUACGACAUCUGGGGCGAUGCGGUUAAUGUCGCCAGCCGGAUGGAUUCGACCGGUGUGGCGGGCCGGGUACAGAUCGGCAGCGAUUGUGUACCGGUGUUGGGCGAACGGUUCGACUUCGAGCCGCGCGGUAAGGUGUACGUGAAGGGCAAGGACCAUAUGGAAGUGUACCUGCUGGUUGGCAAGAAACCGGACCUACUGGGACCACCAGAACUAGAUAUAGAUCCCGUGUAG